AUGAGUGCUAUUUCAGCUGCUGAAAGACAAAAAUAUGCAGAAAUAUUUCAAGCAAGAGGCCAAGUCAAUGGCUACAUGUCUGGUGCAAUUGCUAGAGAUGUCUUGUUAAAUUCUAACUUGCCUCCUAAUCGUCUUGAGCGUAUUUGGGACCUUUCAGACAUUGACAAAGACGGCAAUCUCGACUUUGAAGAAUUUUGUAUUGCUAUGCACUUGACAUUCGAUUGCAUCAAUGGUGUUGAACCGCCCAUCUCUCUUCCACCUAGCCUCGUUCCCUCUACCAAAGCGCAUCUCUUACCUUCAUCAUAUGGUAGCUACCAGCAACCUCAAUCUACUGGAUACUAUCAACAGCCACAACCAACAGGAUAUUAUCAGCAACCUCAAGCAACAGGUUAUCCUAGUGGAUAUCAGCAACCACAGCCUACAGGGUAUCAACAACCACAGCCCACGGGAUACCAGCAACCACAGCCUACGGGAUACCAGCAACCACAGCCUACGGGAUACCAGCAAGCUCAACCGACCGGGUAUUAUCAGCAAUCUUAUCAAGAGCCUGAGUUUGUGUGGGAUAUGACGCCUGAUGAGAUGACAUCGUAUCAAAAUAUCUAUGCCAAAUAUGCAAAUGAGACAGGAAAAGUCAAGUUUGCUCAAAUGAAUGAUUUUUAUGACACCUUGGGUCUUCCUCGUACGGAUCUGACAAAUGCAUGGACAUUGAUUGAUGUCAACCAUGCCAACGCACUUACUCAAGACCAAUGUCUCAUGUUUUACCACGUUCUUAACCAGCGCACCAAGGGUGCUCGUAUUCCCAAAGAAUUACCUCCUGAUCUCCAUGCUGCAUUCGCUGGAGAAUAUGCAGCUGAUUUUGGUCAACGUCCUGGAUCGGGCACAGGUGCUCGUAAGGGCAACAGUACGCCCAUGUCAAGCAGCGCCAAACUGGCAGAUAACUAUGUGAGUCGCUUAGGAGCAGCCAGUACAUCUCUAAGUUCAAAGAGCACAUUAUCAGGCAGCAAAUACGACGAGGAAGAGAUGCUGAAACGUGAAUUAGCAGAACUCAAGGAGCGUGUUAGAGAGGCAGAGCAAAGAGCAGCCCAGGCUAAAGAAAGUGAACACUACGAAUCCUUUGCUUCCCGCCCUCUUCGUGAUCAAUUUCAAGCACUUUAUGAUUACAAGCUUCGUCAGCUCACGGAUCAGUCCGAUAUUGAAGACAAGGUGCGCAAACAGGAAAGAGAUAUCGAGGCUGCUCGUGAUGCAGUACGUCGUCUCAACAGGAUCGUGGACGAUGUGCGUGCAAAGAAGCGUGAAUUAGAAGCAUUGCUAGAAGAAAGAAGACUAGAAGUUCAAAGAGUGUUGCGUGCAUCUGAAUAA